UUUUUGGCGGGAACGCGAGGAGUGAAGUUGUGUUUUGUUUUAUUUUGUCUAUUUAGUGUUUCUUCAGGUUUAAAUGUGUAAUUAAUGUGGUUUAUUAUCUGUUUAAUAUCUGUGAAAGUGCACAAAUAUGGGAAAACGAAACAAAGCCGUUGGACGCAACUUCUCGGGAUCCUCCAAAAAGUCCACUCAAAAAAUCUCAGUAAAUGACCACCAUUUUACUGAGAUUACAUUUCAUCCCAUAUCAUUUAAUCAUUUCAUUUAAUUUCAUCCCAGUUGAUAAAUGUCUCAAAUUAAUCAUCUUCAUUUCAUCUCAUUUCAUUUCACUCAUUUUUCAUAAAAAUAAUAAUAUAAAUUAUAAUAAGAUAUGACUUAAAAGUCUUAGUUACCAGGUCAUAAAAUCCCUUUAAAAAAAUAUCGCAUAGAUAAUACGAUAAUAACCUGCAAAAACAGCAAAAAACAUUUUAAGGUUUAGAAACCGCGAAUCCAAAAUCCGUAAAUAUUUGGAAAAUUUAAGGCUUGAUUCGCAUAGCAUUGCUACUUGUCUUCUAGUGUAUAAAAAUUUGAUUGGUAAAUUUUUUUUAGCAUUAUUUGAUAAGAAAAUUUGGUAAUAAAGUAGAAUCUAGUUAUCAACGUUCGAGGUUCAUUCCAAUUCUUUGUUAAGUUCAAUCUUGCUAGUUAAAUAAAUAGGUAAUGCUUGGAGACGAAAAUGUUGCAACCAGUAAUGCAUGUUUUGAAAGCUAAGAAAAUUGUGCUAGCCAGUGCAUCACCGCGACGCGCUGAACUUAUUGAAAACAUCGGACUCAAAGUUAGUUUAUGCCCAUCAUUAUUUGAAGAAAACUUAGUCCCGAAUGAGUUCAGCAAAUUUUCAGAUUUUGUUGAGGAGACAGCCCUUCACAAAGUUCUGGAGGUAGAAAAGCGUUUGACAGGAAUGGGCUCUGCUCCAGACAUUGUUAUUGGUGCUGAUACAAUGGUGACACUGGAUGGCGAAAUGUUUGGAAAACCUACUUCAGAAGCUGAAGCAUUUGUAAUGCUGUCAAGAUUAUCAGGACGCUCACAUACUGUGUACACAGGAGUGGUUGUGAAGACGGGAGAAGAGAUUGUAAAAUUCACUGAGUCUACUGAUGUUCAGUUUGGUGAAUUAGAUGAACAACAAAUCAGAGGGUACAUUGAUACGGGAGAGCCUAUGGAUAAAGCUGGAGGUUAUGGCAUCCAAGGCGUUGGAGGAACCUUUGUGGAGCGAGUUGAAGGAGAUUAUUUCACUGUAGUUGGCCUACCGUUAUACAGAUUAUGCUCUGUACUCUACAAAAUGCAUAAACAUUUAAUAUAAAUACCAUAAUAGUACAAAUGGCCUCUAAAGAGAGGGCCUAAAAAGCAAAUCAAAUGUCACUAUUUAUUUUAAAAUUAAAUUCUAUUGAUUGUUUUAUGAUAAUUGA